ACUGUUUCGAGCGUUUUCCAGUCGGUGUCUUGUGUUCGUGUAGUGUUUGUCACGGAUUCCCAACGUCCAACCGUUGUACUUCUCUGCUCACGUUAAAGCUGCCGAGAACCCUCGUGCCUGAUACCUGAUCAUUUGGUGUUGUUUCUUCACAUAAAGAAGAUGGCCACUACACCAGUAAUUGGAAUUGAUUUUGGCAAUGAAUCUUGCUUCAUUGGUGUUGCCAGAGCUGGAGGCAUUGAAGUUAUUAUCAAUGAUUACAGUCAGCGUGACACACCGAGCUUUGUUGCGCUUACCUCAAAGAACCGGAUGAUGGGAACAUCUGCCAAAAAUCAGAUCAUUACUAACAUCAGCAACACAGUGUUUGCUUUCAAGCGUUUGCUUGGGCUCCGAUUUGAUGAUCCUUUGGUAGCAGAGGAGCAGAAACAUUUGCCUCAAACUCUGGUUUCCACACCUGAUGGAGAAGUUGGAUAUAAUGUAUGGUAUUUGGGAGAAGAAGUCACAUUGGGUGUGAGGCAAAUUGUUGCUAUGCUUCUUACAAAAGUGAAAGAUAUUGCUGAAUCUGCUUUGGAGUGUAAAGUGUUUGAGUGUGUCCUUGCUGUCCCAUAUUUUUUCACUGACGCGCAGAGAAGAGCUCUUUUAGAUGCUGCUGCCAUCGCCGAUCUUCAGGUUUUGCGUUUGUUGAAUGAGCCCAGCGCUGCUGCAGUAGCAUACGGUCUUUAUCGCACUUCCACUGACCUGCCAAAUGCCGAACAGCCACCCCGUCAUGUCGCUUUCGUUGAUUUUGGAUCUUCGGCUUUGCAGGUUGCUAUUUCAGCAUUCCACAAAGGCAAAGUGAAGAUGUUGGCCUGCACCUUCGAUCCUGCCUUGGGAGGUCGCUCCAUCGAUAUUACCAUCGCUCAUCAAUUGGCACAAGGAUUUAACAAGCCAGGAAGCGAUGUGACCAAAAACAAGCGUUCCUGGAUUCGUCUCUUAGCUGAGGUUGAUAAAUUGAAACGUCAAAUGUCUGCGAACGUCUCUGCCCUUCCUAUUAACGUCGAAUGCCUGAUCGAUGAAAGAGAUUUCUCUGCAAAGAUGAAAAGAUCCGACAUGGAAGAGCUUUGCGCCCCUCUCUUCGAACGAGUUGAAAAAACAUUGCGACGAUGUCUUACCGAAUCGGGACUGAAACAGGAAGAUAUUUCUGAGAUUGAACUUAUUGGUGGCUCGACUCGUAUCCCAGCUGUCAAAUCACUAAUCGAGCAGGUCUUUGGCAAACCACCCUCCACAACUCUGAAUCAGGACGAAUGCGUUGCCCGUGGCGCUGCUAUUAUGGCUGCCAUGCUGUCUCCUAGUUUCAAGGUCCGUGAAUUCUCUCUUACCGAUCUUCAGCCCUAUGCAAUCAACUUGAAUUGGAGCGGUGAAGACGUUGAGCACGGAGAGAUGGAAGUAUUCCCCAAGUUUCACAGCGUUCCUUUCUCCAAGAUUCUAACAUUCUUCCGAAAGAGUCCUUUUGUGUUGACUGCUCGUUAUGUCGAUCCGGAUGUCGGUCACAUUCAGAAAUCCGAUACUAUAUCUCAAUUUCACAUUCAAGGUGUAAAGCCUGGCGCUCAGGGUGAAGCGCAAAAAGUUAAAGUUAAGGUUCGAUUGAACCUUCACGGAAUCCUUCAGGUGGUGUCAGCCACCAUGAUGGAGAAACAGGGAACUUCUCAAACCAAUAGUGAAGUCACUGCAGAGGCUGCCAACACUGAAACGGAAAGUAUGGAAACAGAAACGUCUCCAGAAAACCAAGAACCAGCAGCGGAUGUAACUAAAAUGGACACCAAUGAAGGGGAAACACAAGAGGGUGAAAAAGCAGCCGCAGCUCAGCCUCCUCAAACUAAACAAAUUGUCAAAGCUAUCGAUCUUCAGUUUGAAAGUAAAACAAGCAGUUUCACUCAACAAAAGAUACAAGAGUUGACAGAACGUGAAGCUGGUUUCCGAUCAGUUGAUAACCAGGAGAGAGACCGCAUUGACUCGAAGAACGCACUGGAAGAGUUUGUUCUAAACAUUCGCGGCCGCGUCAACGAUUCUGACGACUUGGAAUGUUAUAUUGAGCCAAAUGUUCGAGAUGAACUUGUUCAAAUGGCCGAUACCACUGAAAGUUGGCUUUAUGAUGAAGGCGAAGACUGCAAGAAAAACGAAUACGUCGAAAAAUUGCAGCAGCUUCAGAAUUUAGCUGCUCCUGCACAGGCCCGUAAGCGUGAUCAUGAAAGCACUCCUCGUGCCGCCGAAAUGUUUGCUGCUUCUUUGAAUCGUUUCAAGAAAGCGUACACUGCUUACAAUAGCGGUGAUGCAGCCUACGAUCACUGGACGCCCGAAGAAGCCAAGAAGUUGGAACUAGCAAUUGCUGAAAAAGUUUCUUGGUUGGAUGCCAACAUCAGCCGUGUGAAGGCAACUCUUAAGACUAAGGACUUGCCUAUUAAAGCCGCUGCCUUCCAUAGCGAACAGCAGGCUUUUGAAAGCAGCAUGAAUCCAGUUUUGAACAAACCCAAACCACAGCCUCCUGCCCCACCGGCUGAAGCUGCACAGUCGGGCAAGCCAGAGGAUGCUGCCAACGCCGCUCCACCUACUGGUGAGAAGAUGGAGACGGAGUGAGUUGGGUCUUGGGACUCGUACUUUAGCCACAAUUCAAUUGGAAAACAUUAAUAAAUAAAAUGAACAGCUUAUGAUCUAUUAAUAUCAGGACUUUUUUCCCCGUCACGUCAAACUAAAUCAUAAAUGUUGGUCUAGUGAUCCUCGGCCGAAUUUGUUUCCUUUAUGUUAGAUCGUUUUCCCAGCCGACUGUGGUGAAACGGAUAUUUCCCUCUCUCCCCAACUUCAUGUAUUUGUUCAUUUUUCUUUCAGCAGAAAAUUUCUCGCCACAUCUUGAAUGUCCAUGCUGAAUUACUUUACCUUAUAUCCACUUUAAGAAAACAAAUAAAACCGUUUCAUUAGUUCA